AAGUAAAAAAAAAAAAAAAAAGGAGGGGUAACGAUGAUUCCAAGCCAAUCUUAUUGCUAUUAUGGUAUUGUUACCUUGUAUUUCUUCUUCUUGGUUUCCCUCUUCUUACACACUCUUGCUUCUCCUAUGCUCCACUAUUGCUGUCAAGACCAGAGGGAUGCUCUUCUGGAGUUCAAACACGAGUUUCCGGUAAAUGGAUCCAACUCAAAUCCAUCUUUAAGUUCAUGGAACAAGACUAGUGAUUGCUGUUUUUGGGAGGGUGUCACUUGUGAUGCUAAAUCUGGCAAGGUGAUUUCAGUUGACCUAAGUGGCAUCCCUCUCAAUAACUCUUUGAAACCAGAUAGUGGUCUUUUCAAACUCCAGCAUCUUCGUUACCUAACUCUUAGCUUUUGUGAUCUCUACGGAGAGAUUCCUUCUUCAUUAGGAAACCUUUCUCAUCUCACACAUCUCGACCUUUAUAAUAAUUAUUUAGUAGGAGAAGUUCUGCCUUUUGUCGGAAACCUAACCCAACUAAGAUACCUAAACCUUGCCUAUAACAAGUUCGGUGGAAAUAUUCCCAUUUCAUUUGCCGACUUGACAAAACUGUCCCAUUUAGACAUCUCAUUCAAUCAAUUCACGUGUGAAAAUUUCCCUCUUUUUCUACAAAAUUUAAGCACCUUGUCCUUCUUACAAAUUAGCAAUAAUCAAUUUGAAUCCAUGCUUCCACGUGACAUGAGUGGAUUCCACAACUUGGAGUCUUUUCAUGUGGGAGAAAACUCAUUUUUCGGUCCUUUUCCUACAUCUUUGUUCAUGAUUCCUUCGUUAAAAGCAGUUGGUUUGUCGACAAACCAGUUCCAUGGACCUAUAGAAUUUAGUAAUACAUCUUCCUCCUCCUCUAAGCUUGAGUACCUAGACCUUGGUCAAAACAAAUUCGAUGGCCCUAUCCCAAAAUCCAUAUCAAAUUUUUCCAAUCUUAAAUAUUUAUCUCUUAGCGACAACAACUUCACUGGACCAAUCCCCAACUCCAUAUCAAAAAUUCCCAAUCUUGAAAGUUUAUAUCUUAGCGGCAACAAUUUGACUGGGCCAAUCCCUAGAUCAAAUAUAGUCAAACUCGAGUCUCUUGAUCUUUCCAACAAUAAAUUGGAAGGUGAAAUACCUGGUUGGUUAGCUGGCCUGAGGGAGUUGCAGCUUUCUAGAAACUCUUUCAAUGGUUUUGCAAAAUCAUUUGAAGUUUCCAAUUUAACACAAAUCCAGACGUUGGAUAUUAGUUCAAAUUCUUUCCGAGGACCAUUACCCUCUUGGAUCUGCAAGCUUAGACCGUUAAGCCUCUUAGAUUUGUCAAGCAAUAGCUUCAACGGCUCCAUCCCUCAAUGUUUCAAGAACAUUUUUGUUGGUCUUAGAGUGAUAAAUCUGCGGAACAACAAUUUCAGUGGAAUUCUUCUUCCAGAGAUAUUUGCCAAUGCUAGCAACUUACAGUUAGUUGACGUCAGCGAGAACCAGUUGGAGGGAAAACUUCCAGAAUCAUUGAUCAAGUGCCGUCAUUUGGAAAAUUUGAAUGUGAGAAGCAACAGAAUCAAGGACAAGUUUCCAUCUUGGUUGAGUUCUCUGCCGUCGUUAAAUGUCAUGAUCCUACGGUCAAAUGAAUUCUACGGGCCGUUGUAUGAUGAUCCCAAUGAGUCCAUUGGGUUUCAAAGUUUAAAGGUCAUCGAUAUUUCACUUAACGACCUUAAUGGAACUUUGCCGCCUUUCUAUUUCUCCAGCUGGCGUGAAAUGACCACAAUAUCCGAAGAAGAUGGCACCACUUACAUGGUAAAUUAUUACUACAGUCCUUCGAUGGAAAUGGUGAAUAAAGGAGUCGAUACGAGUUUUGAGAGGAUCUUCAAAGACUUCAGAGCUAUUGACUUUUCAGGAAACAAAUUUUGUGGAAAGAUCCCGAAAACUCUUGGAUUGUUGAAGGAAUUGCGUCUUCUCAACUUGUCAAGAAACGCAUUCACAAGCAACAUACCUCAAUCAUUGGCAAAUCUGACAAAUCUCGAAACACUAGACCUAUCUAGGAAUCAGCUGUCGGGUCAGAUUCCUCCAGAUCUUGGAAGCCUCUCCUUUCUGUCGACCAUGAACUUCUCCCACAAUAAUCUCCAAGGUCCUAUACCACGAAGCACACAGUUUCAAAGGCAAAAUUGUUCUGCAUUCAUGGACAACCCCAAACUCUACGGUCUCGAAGAUUUAUGCGGAGAAACUCAUGUCUUGAAUCCUACACCACAAGAAUCUGAAGACUUGUCGGAACCAGAAGAACAACAAGUGAUUAGUUGGAUAGCAGCGCCCAUAGCCUAUGGACCUGGUGUGUUGUGCGGAUUGGUGAUUGGACAUAUCUUCUUUACCAAAAACCACGUGUGGUUCAUGGAAAAGUUAUGCCGAAACAAGCCUAAAAUAGUUGGUAGAAGUGUUCGUUGAACACCAUCGCUUGUAUUGUCUUUUAAGUGUUUGUGAAGCAGAUUUAUGUGUGUUCUCCAAAUGUAGUUUUCUAUUAUUAUGGUUUUGUAAUAAAACGUCUUUGGUGGUAUUUGAUAUUAAACUGAAAAUGCAUUGAGAUUUGAGAAACUUCUU